AAAAAAAACUUCCAGUUACGCGUAACUACUCAUCGCUGUAGAUUUUUCAAGGUCAUAUACGUACACGACAGCGUGCGUACGUGUAUAAAUAUCCAAGAAUCACGCCAUUUUAUAAACUUAACCUCUUUGAAUGCUUACUGAAGACCGAUUUUUGUUAAUUCAAGAUUAAUGAAAAGUAUAAACCCUUCGCUUCUGAAAAUAAGUUUUUAACUAUUGCAUUCAAGCAUAAACAAGUAUGUCAUAUCAAUUAUAUAGAAACACUACACUGGGGAAUACUUUGCAAGAAAGUCUCGACGAAUUAAUACAGUAUGGACAAAUUACACCACAGCUCGCUAUUAAAGUAUUACUUCAAUUUGACAAAGCAAUUAACCAAGCACUUGCUACCCGGGUUAGAUCCAGGCUCACAUUUAAGGCCGGCAAAUUAAAUACUUACAGAUUUUGCGACAAUGUGUGGACAUUUAUGUUAAACGACGUUGAAUUUCGAGAAGUUCAAGAAGUUGCAGUUGUUGAUAAAGUAAAAAUAGUCGCAUGUGAUGGAAAAACUCUGGAGACAGAUGCACCACCAAGGCGAUAAUGAUUUGCUGUACCUUCCUGCCAAAUGGAAUUUUUUGGUUUGAUUCAUAACAAACCUUUCCUAUAUUUUAUCUUUUUAAAAACCUUAAUUUUAUUUUAUGUGCCAAAAAUUUUGUAUGUAAUGCAUGCCUAGAAAUAAUAAGUAGGAAAAUUUUGCAUCGAAAAUUAUUUUCUACAAAAAUGGGUGUAUUUUCUAUCAAAUAAGAAGGCAUAAAUUUCAAAAAU